GCACGCUAACGUGUACGCUGCUGCUGCUGCUGCUGUCGAGCCAUGGGGUGAGCUGCUUCUACGUGCCAGGUGUCGCUCCCAGGAACUUCCACAAAGAGGCCGCCGUCGAAAUUAAGGCUGUGAAGCUCACCAGUUCACGAACCCAGCUGCCUUACGAAUAUUACUCAUUGCCGUUCUGCCGGCCUUUAAAGAUCAUGUAUAAAGCCGAAAAUCUGGGUGAGGUCCUUCGAGGAGAUCGAAUUGUCAACACUCCUUUUCAGGUUUUCAUGAGCGUUGAGAAGAAGUGUGAGGUUUUGUGCAACAGUCUCAAAAGUCCCCUUAUCCUGACUGAGAAAGAAAGCAAACUGAUGGCCGAGCGGAUCCAGGAGGACUACUACGUCCACCUCAUUGCCGACAACCUGCCUGUGGCCACGCGGCUGGAGUUCUACUUGAACCGAGAGGAAGACAAGAGCAAAGAGAAAGACAUACAGUUCGAACAUGGCUAUCGGCUCGGCUUCACGGACAACAAUAAGUUCUACCUGCACAACCACCUGUCCUUCAUCCUUUACUACCACAGAGAGGAUGUGGAAGAGAACCAGGAGCCAAACUACAGGGUGGUUCGCUUUGAAGUCAUUCCUCAGAGCAUUAAACUUGCUGAUCUGAAGGCUGAUGAGAGUGGUGUGUGUACCCUACCUGAAGCUGCGAGCUCAGCUCCUCAGGAGAUCGACCCCACGAAAGAAAACAAGCUGCUCUUCACUUACUCUGUGCACUGGGAGGAAAGCGACAUCAAAUGGGCCUCUCGCUGGGACACCUAUCUCACCAUGAGUGACGUGCAGAUCCAUUGGUUCUCCAUCAUUAACUCCGUCGUGGUGGUCUUCUUCCUUUCUGGUAUUCUCAGCAUGAUCAUCAUUCGGACACUUCGGAAGGAUAUUGCCAACUAUAACAAAGAAGAUGACAUUGAGGACACCAUGGAAGAGUCUGGCUGGAAGUUGGUGCAUGGCGACGUCUUCCGGCCGCCUCAGUAUCCCAUGAUCCUCAGCUCUCUGCUGGGCUCAGGAAUCCAGCUGUUCUGCAUGAUCCUGAUUGUGAUCUUUGUGGCCAUGCUGGGGAUGCUGUCUCCCUCAAGCCGCGGUGCCCUGAUGACCACGGCCUGCUUCCUCUUCAUGUUCAUGGGGGUUUUUGGUGGCUUCUCUGCUGGCAGGUUGUAUCGGACCCUGAAAGGCCAUCGGUGGAAGAAAGGGGCUUUCUGUACGGCCACCCUAUACCCAGGAGUCGUCUUUGGGAUCUGCUUCAUCCUGAACUGUUUCAUCUGGGGCAAACACUCCUCGGGAGCGGUCCCUUUCCCCACCAUGGUGGCCCUGCUGUGCAUGUGGUUCGGCAUCUCCUUGCCCUUGGUCUACCUGGGCUACUACUUCGGAUUUCGCAAGCAGCCGUACGACAAUCCCGUCCGGACCAAUCAGAUUCCGAGGCAGAUACCGGAGCAGAGGUGGUACAUGAACAGAUUCGUCGGGAUCCUCAUGGCUGGCAUCCUUCCGUUUGGGGCCAUGUUCAUUGAGCUCUUCUUCAUCUUCAGUGCAAUUUGGGAGAACCAGUUCUACUACCUCUUUGGGUUCUUGUUCCUGGUGUUCAUCAUCCUCGUCGUCUCCUGUUCCCAGAUCAGCAUCGUCAUGGUGUACUUCCAGCUGUGCGCUGAAGAUUAUCGGUGGUGGUGGAGGACAUUCUUGGUCUCUGGAGGAUCUGCCUUCUACGUCUUGAUUUACGCGGUUUUCUAUUUUGUGAACAAGCUGGACAUUGUGGAGUUCAUCCCCUCAUUGCUCUACUUUGGCUACACAGCCCUUAUGGUGCUAUCUUUCUGGCUCCUGACGGGGACCAUUGGCUUCUAUGCAGCCUACAUGUUCGUUCGCAAGAUCUAUGCAGCUGUGAAAAUAGACUGAAGGUGCCCUGGUGGCAAUACAGCAAAGAAGCAGAUGCUCUCUCGGCUUCCUCCUAGGAAGGAAGUGCAGAACUCUCUCUCCUGGUGCUCCUGAGGAAAUCAAACCCCGCAGGAGUGGGGACACCAGAAAUAAAAUAGUUGCAACUUUUUGGAAUGUAAUCUUGGCACCGUGUCCAUGGAAUCUGGGGGUCUCCUGAUGGGGAAGGGCGUGUAGAUACUUUGCAUUUUAACUUUAUCCCGUUCCAGUUAUAAGGGAUUUUUUUUUUAAGCUGCAAAGCAUCCCUCAGAAUGAAUUGUUGGUGUUUUUUUCCUUUGUCUAAUUCAUUUUCUGUGAGAAGCAAAAAUAACACGAGACUGCAGUGGAUACAAAUUUGUGAAACAGGCAUUGAGUUUGGGGCAAAUCAUCCUUCAGUUAUUGCCCAGAGCAGCCUCUCCCUGGGCCCGUGCUCAGAAAAAAGUCGGCAAGAAGAGAGAAUUUGACGUUUGGAGACAUCUCUUUCUUUUGAUGCGCUUGAUCCAGUGACUGUCCAUUCCAGUUUUGCAGAGGUGCCAUUUCAGAACUAGGUGAGCGCAGUUCCUCAUGGAGGACUUACAAACAGUAUCCUUCCACCCCCCCCCCCCCCGGCCUCUCCCAUCUCCAUUAGAGCCAGGCCUGUGACGUGUUGGGAGAGUUCAGGGGCAACUGUAGCUCAUACCCUCUAGGCAAGCACGACGGCUUUGAGUAAUGAUUGAAGGGGGGAAGGGGAGGGGAGACCUUGGCGAUUCUUGUCGGAAGGCCGCGAGGAACUUGGGGGACAUAUUCUAGAGAGUUUUGUCAGUCUGCCCAGUAACUCUUGAAUGUGAGUGAAGGGCCCUGACCAGAGAGAGACUCCGCUGCUUAAGUGCCAAGAAAUCCACAGCUCAGAGGUUGGGAACGGCUGCUGUUAUAAUGCAAGAGAGGAAAGGAACUGGACGAGUGGGGAGUCUUGUUCCAAGAAGAGAACGCUCCUGAGUUCCCACCAAUCUUUUCCUCCAGCCUGCCCUGCCCCCAGGUCUUGUCUGACCCGCCCUUGUAGGAAUAGAUGCAGCUUGCGUAUUGGUGGUUUUCAUUUUGAUCUCUGUGCGAACAAGAUGUGGGGUCAGAGACCAGCUUCCAUCUUUUCCCCUACUGGGAGUGAAUACUGUAAGUGGAGAUUUGGUACCAUUGUCAAGAUAAUACCCUCAAAGUAUGUAUUAACUCAAGCACAAUAGAUCUUUGCUUCUCUCCCUUGGCACUACUCUUGUAAGCUUCCAACUUGGCUAUCGCAUUGCUAGGAUCUGAGUUAAAAGCAUCUUUUUUGAUCAGAAAAACCUUUCAGUAGUUUCUCAUAGUUGCAUUUGUUUUGAUUUUUUUUAAAAAGCCCAUUGCAAUAAUGUGAAUUAGAUUGUGGGAUAAUCCAACUCUUAAGCUGCAAUGGAACUCUUCCCCAGUCUAAAACUCGGUUCACACGAUCACUUUUACCCGUAGGUGAAACUUCCUUAGUAAGCAAUUCUUCUGCCUAACGAAUACAUCUUUGUGGUGAAAGGGAGAGAUUACCAUAGAGGUGGAGGGUGGACAAUUUAAGAAGAAAUCCAUGAAAGGAAGUCUUUGGUCUUUGGGGGCACACUUAAGUAAACUUGCAUUUCUGAUCACAUGGUGAGAUUUCCAUGGUUUGUUUUUUUUAAAGAAAGGUCACCUGUCCUAAGUUGACUGCAGAGAAGGAUUUGGUCUCUUUCUGCCCAGAGCCGAUAAGUAAGCUGGUCUCCAAGACUCAAGAGAACGAUUAGUGCUCACUGCUGCUGCCUGCUUCCCCCCCCCUCCCCCAUCAAAGCCCCCUUAGCCAAGAACCAGAGUUCGACAUGGGGUGCGUGUGAGAGAUGUGUUACUUUUGCAGUGGAAUCCUUAAUGAACUGUGGUUUGAAUUAACUUUAGGAACUUUCAGAUAAUUUGUCCUUCCCCCCUAAAAAGUGAUUUCCCCCCCGCCCGCCCCCCCCCAGCCAGAUCUACUCUCUCUUCCCCUUUACCUUGUAUCACUUGUAUUUUUUAAUGUAUUGGUCAAGCCCAAUUGUAAAUAAAUAUAUUGUCCGUUCGUC